UGGUCACACUGUACGUUCAGUUCUUAAAAAAAAACGAACAAUACGAUAAAAAACAUUCCUACCAUAGAAUUAAAGUAUUUUAACUGUAUUUUAAUAAUGUUUAUUGUGGCGAUAACUGGUGGCAUCGCCACGGGAAAGAGUACCAUCAGCAAAGUGUUCGAACGCCAGGGUAUUCAAGUCAUCGACGCCGAUAAAAUCGCCAGGGAAAUUGUGGAACCAGGUCAGCCGUGCUGGCGGAAGAUUCGGGAAGUCUUUGGAGAUGAGGUCCUCCUGCCGAGCAAGGAGAUCAACCGCGCCGUUCUGGGGAAGAUGAUUUUCGAGGACAAAGAGCUUCGCGGAAAGCUAAACAAGAUUACCCAUCCAACCAUCCAUCGCAAGAUCUUUUGGCAGGUGUGCAAACUGCUGGUCUCGGGGCACGCGUGGAUCGUCUUGGAUCUGCCACUGCUCUUUGAGACCGGUGUCCUGAUGGACUUUAUACACAAGAUCGUCUGUGUAACUUGCGACACGGACAAGCAGCUGGAGCGAUUAAUGGCCCGCAAUGAGCUAUCCGAAUCGGAAGCGCGGCAUCGCGUCGAUUCGCAAAUGCCGCUGGACAAGAAGUGCGAGAAGUCCCACUUCGUCAUAGAUAAUAACGGAACCGUGGAGGAGGCGGAAAACUCGGCCAUGAGCAUUUAUAACCUGAUGAGAGACUCCAAGCAGCACUGGCUGAACCGCAUCAGCUUCCUGGGGCUGUUCCUAAUCGUGGGCUUUACAAUAUAUAUGCUUUUGAAGGUGUUCAAUCGGUUGCCCGAAUCCUGGCAGAUGUAGUCCGUUUCUGUGCGUGCCAUACGACGCUAUUUUACGUGUUAAUGCAAAUGAAACCAAACCAAUUAUACAAUUUAAACGCUUGUUAGUGAAAUAUACAAAAGUCACUUAUA